ACUGUCAAAUUGAAUGAAGGUUGUCAGUUUGACGGCGCGGACGGGACCUGGGGCUGUGAGGUUAGCUCGACAGAAGUCUAGUGAUCACAAACGAAGUCAUGGCGCAGAGCAGGCUUGAGAAAAUAGGGACAAUCUUCACCAGAGUGACCGGACUACUACGAUCCGGUGCGAUGAAGCCGGAGGACAAGCCCAUUUGGUACGAUGUCUACGCUGCCUUCCCGCCCAAGCUAGAACCACGUUAUGACCGACCUGCUCCUAGUAUUCCACUUCGUCAAAUAUUCUAUGAGGAAGACAUAGUUCGAGCGAAGUUCCACAAACAGACCAAGCACAUAGACACUGUGAGCUUAGCGGACACUUCCCGUAAAUCAAAUGCGCAACAGUUUAUUGGCAUUUACAACAAUCUGAAAGGUCAAGGGGCGUUAGACGAUGAAAAGAUAUUCGAGACAGCACAGGAAAUGCUGAAGGAGGAAAUACAGAAAAGGGCGUCCAGUGGUCAGCCAGGAGAGGAGGAGUAUCGAGAGUCGCCGGGCUUAGUCAGUAGUUUUUCAGAAGCUAAGAAUACUGCUACAGUAAAUAUUAAGGAUAUCUUUAAGGAAUAAGGUAUUGUUCUAGAAUUUUGUUGAAAAAAAAGUUUAGUGUACAUGAAAA